AUGGGAAAGAAGAGACGCGGUCCCUCCUUGGACGAGCUUCUGGCUCGACCUUGGUGCUACUACUGUGAGCGUGACUUUGACGACCUGAAGAUUCUGACCUUGCAUCAAAAAGCCAAGCACUUUAAGUGUGAUCGAUGUGGCCGCCGAUUGAAUACCGCCGGAGGAUUGUCGGUGCACAUGAGUCAAGUCCACAAGGAACAACUUACAGAAAUCGAGAAUGCGCUGCCCAAUCGCGCAAGUCUCGAUUACGAAAUUUUCGGCAUGGAGGGAAUUCCGGAAGACGUUCUACAGGCUCACCAACAGCGUGUGGCUACUCAGUUCCAACAAGCUGAGGUUGAUCGACAAGUAGCCACAGGUAACCCUCCCUCAGGAGCUAGCGGAGGUGGCCCUGCAGCCAAGAAGCCUAAGUUGGAAGCUGUGUCAGAUCUCAAGAAGCGAUUGGCAGAACAUCGCGCCAAGCGCGCCGAUGGAGCUACUGGUGGUACCAGCAGUGGAGAUGCAACCCCUGUGGGUACCCCAUCUGCUUCAACGCCGGUUGCCUACGUACAAUCUCCCACUGCCCCCACACCGGCUGCCGCAGUAGCAACAGCAUCAGCACCUACCAUGCCUACCCAGAUUCCUGUACCCCACUACUCCUACCCUCCUGCUGCUCCCUAUCAUCAAAUCGCCAGUCCAGGAUUCCCACCCUUCUCACCAUCCAACGUACAGCCAGGCCCUGUGCCUAUGGGCUAUAGCCCGACUGGUUACAUCCCUCAACCAUUCCCUGGCACCCCUGGUUAUGGUGCGCCUCCUGCUGCUUACCUCUCACAACAAUCGACACCGACCGAAUCAACCCCUCCUCCUCGUUCUGGCAGCUUGCCAAUUCCCUCCGGUCUGCCACAACGCCCGAGCUUCGCUGCCCCACCAGUCAACGCACAGCAGAUGCACCAGAUGCACAUGGGCCACCCAAUUCCUCAACCACCAGUUCCCGGUUACUCACAAGUUGAUGCUACUCUGGCAACUCCGCCAGUCCCGUCGAUGAACGAUAUUGCGGGUGUGGCGAACAACGCAACAGAAAAGCCGAUUGAUGCCCCGGAGAAACCCAGUAAGAAGGACAAAUCGAAACCCACACGCUUGAUCUAUUCAGACCAAACGACUAGCCCCGAAGAGAAGAUGGCUCAGAUUCCUCGUUAUGCAUUCACGCGCGGUCAUUUCACGCAGGAAACAGUACUGGGCGAGAUCCCCGAUGCGACGGUUACGGGAACGAUUCGCGACGAGGACACAGUGGUCGACCCGGCUCAUUAA